AUGGCUGCAGGGCAGAUCCUGCAAAUGCCCCUGGCUCAGCACGCUUCUGACCGUGUAAAGGACGACAUCGGCAAGCUUUCAACGGCCUUGGUCACCUUCCACUUCGCAUCGAGCAGCACAAGAAAGGCGACUGUUCCAAUGCACUGCAAGGUGCAGCCAGCUACUGAGGGAGCUCUAAAAGUUCGAGCAGAUUUACAAACGAAGCGCAGUGUCCAGUCCAGCUUGAACCUCGAGACAUACAUCGACCUGCACGCGGCACUUUGCAAGGGCACCUUCCAAGUACAAAAGGUGUCGGUCGUGGAGAGGGCGAUGUACAAGAUGAACGACUUGAAGCAGGACAUUCUUGACUUGAUGGAGGGCUUGACUCUGGCAGCCCCAACCCUGCUCACAUCAACCACAGACACCACCGCAGCUCAGCAGGACAAUGCACAUGGAGACGGUGCCGCUAAUGUGCACUUGGAUGUGACAGCUGCAGACCUGGCCGCCCUUAAUUGGGUCAGGCCUGAGAAGAUCAGCACAGUGGAGGUCGCACUCAGCAGGCCAAAGCAGCUCCAGGAUUCCCAUGUCCGUUGCCCAGCAGCAGCAAUUCCACAUUCCCUCCAGGAAGACCAGUCAGCAGUGGUGUCUGCAGGGACAUAUCAGCGGCGACCCUCAGGAAGUGAGCAGCAGCGCCUUGGAGUCAAUGCAAGAGCUCUCGGCACCGGCAGGAAAGAACCCCAAGUGGAGGCAGGGUCAGCCCAGGAAGCAAGCGGCCUGGAGCACACCAUCAGGGGUGCACCAGCCUCAGAUUUGAUCGAGCAUUGGCAGACAGCAUCACCCGCAGGAACGCCAUCCAUGAACAAGCAAGCACAGCUUGCAGCUCGUGAGUUCAGCAUCGCAGCCACAGGGGCUUUUCAGCAGAGGGAUGUCAUGCCAGCCCUUCUGGACGCCCAGCGCCUUCAGCAGCAGCCAAUUUUCACAGGCUCAGCAGCAAUGUGCAAUGUGAGCAGCUAUGUCGACGCCGCAGCAGGAGCAGAUGCAUGCAAUGAUUCCCAUGGCAACAGCGCCGCCAACACAAGCCCAGGGAUGAGUUGCAGCGCGCAAGGCACAUCACAACAAGAUCCCAUGCCUGCCUCUGUGCUCGCAGCGGUCCCUGAGAGCGCAGCCUGCAGUGUUGCAUGGAGGAGCAAGCGCAAGGCAGCCUGCCUGGAGCCAGCGCAGACAGGCAAGCUGCAUGCGCAUGCGGAACCCCCACAGAAGAGAGCUGACAGCUCCCAGUGUGUGCCCCCGCCCAGCUGCCAAGCUUCAGAGACUGCCUCAGAGAGAGGCCCAGUGACAGAGCAGCAGCACCACCACAGAAAAGGCCCGCUUUUGAGCUUUGGUCCUGCCGGCUUCAAUUUGGAUGCUCCAGUGCAGCGUAGUGAUGAACAAGCCAGCCGCAGCGCAGACUUCCCAAUGCACAGAUCCAAGGAUGCAUCAGAUGAAGGUCCACCUCAGCUGCCACAGCAAACAGCCAAGAUUGAGCAGAGUGCACAUGCCGCCACAGAUUCAAGCCAGCUGAAUGAAUGUACAACCCAGCUCGCUGCAGCCGCUGGUACAGGGCACAGCCCAGCAUGGAUGGCUGAGCAGGUCAGGGCACUGGCAGAGAAGUCUGUAGCAGCGCCGCUGCCGGGUGACUGGGAGGGAGGAGGGCUGAUUGGGCGCAGCGUUGCCUUUGUGCUGCUGGAGGAUUUCGAUGCUGGAGGGCAGACCAUCUUGCGCGGCAUCAAGACUGGCAGGGUGCUUGAGCACAUCUCCAGUGACCAUGUUGAGGAGAUUUGCAGCGCCACAUGCUCACAGCAGCACAGCUUCCACUAUGUGCGACUCAGCAAGAGCGAGCUGACUCAGCAAGGCGGAGCAGGAGUGAAAAAGCGGGGCUUGAAGGUUGACUUGAAGCUGGACCUCCACCCAUCUCUGCACCAGAACAACCUGGCAGAACUCCUGAAGCUUCACACAACUGCCCUUCAGGUUGGAGUCAGCGCAUUAUGA